UCAAUAACAAAAUUCAACUGUUUAUGACUCACAUGAGGAAGAACCUAAAAUCUACAGUAAAAUAACAGGUUAAAUAAAUAAAUUUUCAAAAUUUUUUAUAAAAAUUCAAUGUACAGAAAAAUACAAUGGACACUAUCAACACAACAUUUAUAAAAUAUCCAUUGGAAGAGAUAAUCAAGAAUCGUAGAGGACGUUCUGAAAAUUGCUUAAUAUCCGAUUGGAGAUCAAAAAGAUUGAUGUCAUCAAUGCUGGAAAAUUCAAUAGCUCGAAGAGAUUGGGAGGAUCUUGAAGAAGAGUCGGAUAUGAAAAUGGUAAGGAUAGACUCAAGCUUGGAAAACAUAAAGGUGAAGACCCCUUUAAACGAUAAGCCAAUCGAUCGAGGUGUCAGCGAAUAUUGGAGCAACGUGUUGCACUACUAUUGGCCAAUUGCUUACCAUGGUCUUUUUCUAAUGAUGAUUAUUUUCAUUGUUGGACCUUGGAUUGGACUUAGUUGCAAUGAAGAAGACUCUCUUGCUAUUACAAAUGAUCGGUUUUUCCUCUGGCGUCCAAUUGCCGCACUUUCAUCAUACUCAGCUUUAAAAUCUUCACAGAAAUUCUCACGCGGCGCUUGUAGUUAUAGACUAUAUUGUACAAACAAGAACACUGAUGGUGAACCAGUUCGAAGGAGAGCAAGUUUUCUCAAGCGUAAGCGAAACCUCAAAGACUUGAUCGACUGAUACUGGACUAUAUUACCUGUUACAAAAAUUUCUGAGGAAAUCCCUAUAACUAUUAAAGUUAUAAAUCAAUUUCUAGAUGAAACUGAUACCUAGCAAAGUACACCAACAAAUUACAAGAAGAGAUAAAUUAUAAUUAUAAAACAUACUAGUGGAACAAAACAUAAUAAAAUUAUUGUUACGAAUAUCCUUCAUUUUUUUUAUCAGGAUUUUAGUCAAUAAAAUGUA